UUUUGUAUCGAUUCAUGCUGCCAUACUGCUCGAGCGAUGCCAGCUACACAUGGAUGUGCCUCCGUGGCGUGGUGUUGGGUACCCUGUCGCUCGGUACGGUAGUCUUCUGCUUAUACGCCAUAUACAUCAUGCUUCCUGCGUGCAUCCAUGUAUCCCAACACCGUCCCAGCAUGGCACUGGUCGUCUUGGCCGCGCUCGAAAUGACGUGCGUCUUGCUUCGGUGUGUAUGGGUCGACGAACCCAAACUCAUGAUAGCCGCCAAGUACUGCCGAGGAAUUCAAGUGUCCAUCUCGUGCUGGCUGUAUGGCCUCAUGGCGUGCGACAUCACUGGCAAAAGGUCGCUAAUGUAUGGCCUGUUGAUGCCGCUGCUCGUGGCCGUAGCGGUUCUCAUGACUGCCGACGUUCUGAUCAUGCUGAAUGACCCGUACGUCGAUUGUCAUCACGCGUCCUGGCUUGUCAUGUCCUUGGCCUCGUCCACGUUGGCAGUGAGUUUUGCAGCAGCGGGUGGGGUCGUGUUGAAGGAAAUCAAGCUCGCGUCUGCGAUGCAGAGGCAUUUGCAUCAAACACUAAUCUCGCACCACAAGGAACUGGACCAUACGUAUCAUCAAUUGUGGUGGCUCGUUGUGAUCAACAUGAUUAGUUCCGUGCUCCAGCUCUCGUACGAUCUGUACAUUACCUACGUCGUUGGUGACGAACCGUGUGCAAAAAUCUUUUACGACGACGACGAUGGAGCGAUUGAGCAAAUCGUUCGGCUCGGACUGGCCUUGGCUACGUUUGUCUACCCGGAAUGGGUCACCGUCUAUGUGUUCUUCUGGAGCUCUCGACACAACUACGCCACGCACCACAUGGACGUUCCAGACAUCGAGUCCACCACCGAUGACGAAGAAGGUAGUCGCAGAGGACUGCUUGUGAACGACGACAGUCCCAGCGAUGCCAUGUACCACCACAUCCUUGACUUCGACGCUUUAUCAUCGCACAGGCAGGACCAGUUACCCCUAAGGCACGGCAAAUAAUAUAGCAAAUUAUGAAUAACUUUUGAAG